AUGAUGAAUACACACAGUGAAUGCAGAAAUAUUCUCGAAGGAACGAAUGGUCUCUUCCCGAUUGAGGUUGAUUUAGCUCAGAUAGCACAUAAGUAUAACACAUCGGGCCGGUUAUCGGAGGACGAUGAGGAUUUGGACGCAGUCGAACAGGUGAAUCGGGAAGGAGGAAUGCAACAAGGAGAAGACUCUUCGAAAGGAAAUAUCGGAAACGGAAAUGAGCAAAAAGAAGAAAAUUUACUGGAUUUAUAA